UAUCCGUCAGAAGCCACCACAUUCAUUAGACUUCUAACAAAAGCUCUCUCUCUCUCUAUCUCUCGUGCUUUCCUGCUUCGCAAGAGCUCCAAAAAUGGGAGGUGGGAAUGAGUAUAAGAAAGGUCUUUGGACAGUGGAGGAGGACAAAAUUCUGACGGAUUACAUCACGUUGCAUGGCAAGGGCAAGUGGAAUCGUGUCAAUAAAGUCUCAGGAUUGAAGAGAAGCGGCAAAAGUUGCAGAUUAAGGUGGAUGAAUUAUCUAAGUCCCAGCGUGAAGAGAAGUGACUUCUCGGAGGAAGAAGAUGAUCUCAUCAUUCGACUCCAUAACCUCCUUGGCAACAGGUGGUCUUUGAUUGCUGGCCGUGUUCCUGGGAGAACCGACAAUCAAGUCAAGAACCAUUGGAACGGUCAUUUGAGCAAGAAGCUCGGUGUCGGUUCAAAAAGAGGAAAGACAAAAGCGAAGACUUAUUCCGACUCAAAACGAGCAAAAAAUAAUUUCUGCAUGCCCUCAUCAGAGUCAAACUCCGAGCUGCAACCACUUCCCAAUUCCGAUUCCAAUUCCAAAAUUUUCGGUGAUCAUGAAGCUGCAGCUGCCAUUGAUGAAUUUGAUGAUGAGAUGAUGAACAUCCAGGACCACAUUGGCUCUACAAGUGAGGUUGGUUUUAGUGGCAUGUGGGAGGCGACGAUGAUGAGUAAUGACAAAUUUUGGUUUCACAGUGAUGACCUUAAUCAAUAUAGCCCUUAUUUAUGGGACCCUACGCUGGAUGAUCACUACCCUUUUCAAUUUGAUAAUUUGUAAACUUUGUUAUUAUAUUUUGUAUGUCUUAAUUCUGUAUUUACACUAAUUCGAUAUCUAAAUUAUAUUUUGUUAAAUAGUUAUGAAAUACCAAUUACAGUGAAAA